AUGUUUCUGACACUCCCAGAGGGUAGGAUUAAAGCACGUGAAUGUUUGCUACAGGGGGCUAAUACCCAAAAGAUACUUUGCAGCUUUGAAAUGUGGCCACUUCAACCUUACUUCCCUGUGUGCUCCUACACCGGGGAGAUGUUGUUAUUAUCAACAACGUCUAUUCGUUUAGCUCCGUUGACAGUUGAGUUUUAGGAGCCUCAUUUGCAACGCUUCCAGGCUGCCGAAGGAAAUGUGCAGCUGCUAAUGAUGAGAGCCGUCUCUGUCCCUGACAUUAGCUCAAGCACGUUGCUUGUUUCCACAGUUCUUGCUGGAACGCAGCCCAGAAGCAUCACGUUCCUUGGUGGUAGCCACAAUGGGGACAGGUGGGCACAAAGCUCGCAACGAUAUUGCGCCACAGCCGACAAUUGAUCAUUAUUAGGCUUAUUUUUAGCACCAUCAUUAACUCCAUCGAGCAUUGCUGUCCCCAUGGAAACGUCCGGUUUUGACUUCUGAAUCGGUGUAGCAGGUUAAAGUCUCUAACCUGGUUCCAUUUUGGACACAGGCCAGCGGGCGUUGAGUCUUCAGCAGGACUUCCACACAUUGCACUGUUUUUGGGAUUGCAUCAAGCUUAAAAAUCUGCUUGAUGCAGAUUUUAUGAAUGGGGCAGCCGUAUUUAUGAAUGGGGCUGCACUUACCCCAAAGCAGGGAUGGGGAAGCCGUAGCCUUCUAGAUGUUGGUAGGUUCCAUCUCCCAUCUGCCCCAGCCAGCCUGGCCAGUGGGCAGGAGUGAUAGGAGCUGUGGUCCAACAAGAUAUGGAGGGCCACAGAUUCCCCAUCUGUGCCCCAAAGCAGGACUUCCCAAACUGGUCUGUGAACCCUUGGUGGUCCGUGAGCUUCAGUCGGGUGGUCUGUGUCCGCAAAAGCACAAUUAAAAAGCACACAUCGUUUAGCACAGUGCUCUCCAAUUGCUACGGUGGGCAAAAAAAUCUUUAAGUGGUUCUCCAAGAUCCUCAGGAAUUUUCUGCUGGUCCAUGAUGGGAAGAGUUUUGGAACAACUGUCCCAAAAGAUCAGGUUCACAAUGUGGGGUCCUCCUCAACCCAGCUUUGUCAUAGAGGCCCAGGUGUGGUAGAGUGCCUUUUACCAGAUGAGACUGGUGUGUCCGUGUCAGGGACUGGGCAGAGGAGAAAUGGUGGAGACUGCCUCCCCAGCUUGACCCUUCCAGGGAGGAGGAAAGGGAAGACAGUUUAGAAUUACUACAGGGGUUUGAGGGAGGUCACAGCUCAGAGGCAGAUGAGGAGGAAAGCUGGGAAAUCAUGGGAGAGGAGGAGGAGGAAGAAGGAGCACCAAGGGGGCGAUAGCUGAUGGACUCAGUGUCUUUAGAAAGCAUUCCAGAUCCCCCCUCUCCCAGAACCUGGUGAGCCUUGAAAGUAGGAGAGCAGAGAGCUCAAAGGCAAAAGGCACGUAGCAGCACCCAUAGAAGUGACGAAAGAGGAAGUGGAAGAGACGGGGGGUGGAGAGUCACUCGGGACAAUCCAAGAGGCUGGGUUCUAUAGCCUCUCUCUGUAAAUACUGAAUAAAAAGUGAGUGGUAAGAAACAUUUCCUUGUCUUUGUACAUUCCUGGGAAACCGGCCAUGGGAGUCACUGGCAGCAGCCUGAUAGUCAGCUGCUACAGCCAUUCCUGGGCAGAGACAUCUGACAGCUUCCAAGUUAAGACUACUGCAAUUCGUAAUGUGUGCAUAUUUGGGAUUCACUGCUUAUUGAGAUUAAGCAGGUGCCUUCACUGUACAGUGGUACCUUGGGUUACAGACGCUUUGGGUUACACGUUUUCAGGUUAUGGACGUGCUGAAACCUGGAAGUACCGGAAUGGGUUACCUUCUGGGUUUCGGCACUGUGUGCAGAAGCGCCGAAUCACGUCACACGUGUGUGCAGACUCAGCGCUGCGGGUUGCGAACGUGCCUCCCGCACGGAUCACGUUCGCAACCCGAGGUUCCACUGUACUCUUUUCAGUGCCUCCUGAAAACAUUUCUGUUUCAACAAGCCUACACAGAUGCUUAGAAAGUUGAGGUAAUUUUAAUCUGUUUUCGUAUUUUAAGUUUUGGGUACUUUAAAGUAAGGUUACAAUUUUUUUUUACUGUUUUAUCUUUUGUGAACCACUUUGAGGUUUCUUAUAAUCAAGUCGUUUUUGAAUUUUAUGAAAUCAAUCAACAGAUGCUGUAUAAAAUGGCAAAGGUGAAAGCCACAGGUGUUUAUAUUUACAGGUUGGUGAUGAGAAGCACAGCCACUAAUGAAGCAAGCUCAUAAUUCUGAAACAUGUUGUGCAUAAUAAAAUAUUUUGGCACUUUGAGCACCUGCUCUCUUAACAGCUGACACAUUUAUUUAUUGAUCCAUGCAUUUAUAUCAUACCUCUUUCUCUAACGAACACAGGCCCAAGGUCAGCCAGUGAGCUUCAUGGCUGAGUGGGGAUUUGACCCCGGUUUCCCUCAUCCUAGUCUGUACUCUAACCAUAUCCCCCAACCAAGUCUUUAACAAGAACACAAACCAUAUUUCUGGGGCAGGGACAUCCAGCUCCUAAUAGACUGCAAUCUACUCACAGUAUAAAAAAACUGGCAGUGAUCUACCAGAGUUGUUGAGGUUGUUGAUCUUGUUUUGGAAAGGCAAAUUUGUUGAGCUUCUUUUAGGAAGCCAGAGUUGAGCUUUUUUGGGAAAGCCAAAGUUGUUGAGCAUUUUUUUUGAGGAGGGAUCACUAAGGGGCCAGAGAUCUACCAGGAUCUACCAGGAACACCCCGCCAUCUACCAGUAGAUCACAAUCUACCUGUUGGACAUGCCUGUUCUAAGGUAUAUUCCCUGAGUUUAGAAACUAAAUUUAUUCUUCAGGCCGCUUUGAUUCCAGUUUCCCCUUUAAAACAUUCCUUUUAGCAUUCUGAUUCCAGUUAAGGAAGGAAAUAUGCUUUUGCCUCCUGGCUGAGAUGAAACCAGGGCUUGCUAUUCCGCAGGCUCUGCUGAGGAUAACACACCUGCAGCCCUGUCCGUAACAUUCUUGUUGCUGUGACAUUGAUCAAAGAUAGGGAUCGCUUCCCAGCCCAGCUCCUGACAUGGCAUCCUUCAUAAAAAAUGGACAUAAGCAGCCUCAGCGUGCUGAGAGAGGACAUCUCAUUUACAGUUUCCUGCUGGAACUCUGGUCCCUUCAGCAGCUCAUCAAAACAGCUAUCAGAGGCCCGGCAAGCGGGAGAAAGCGUACAUCUCGGACCCUGCAGAUUAGAUUUUGCUCACACACGUUGCCAAUUUGCUUCAGCCCAAUGAGUUGGUGAGGCUGAGCUCCCCAAGGGCCAGCUGGAACAGUGAGCAGGGGGCGGGGGAGAGAAUCUUUUUGCAUUUCUGAGGGGCCACUCAGGAAUGUGUCACAUGCAAUUUUGGGUCUCCGUAUCUCCCUCUCUCCCCCCCCCCCGCCCCAAUGCUCCCGCAUCCCUGGCUCUUUUUCUCUCCUGCUAUGCAAACAGAUUUUAUUUUUUUGUUCCAGUAAAGAAGCUUCUCAUAUGGGGGAAAGGGUGGGUGGGUUGGAGUGUGUGUGUGUGUGUGUGUGUGUGAGAGAGAGAGAGAGAGAGAGAGAGAGAGAGAGAACUAAAUUAUCUGAGUACAGGAUCAGGCACAAUCUCAUCAGCUCCCAAACCAUGUGGCUUUCGGGGUUCGCUAAUUCCUAUAAUUAAUAUUUAUUAAAUUUUCAAAGAAUAACAACAAAAAUUUCCAAAAAAAAUUUGAGGAUACAAAAAACAAAAAUAGUACAUAAACAAAAAAGAAAAAAGAACCCAGCCGCAAAGAAAAAAAAAGAGAAACAGAAAAACAAAAAUAUAAAGUCCUUUACAAUCUCUAUUGACUUCCUUUCUAAACUUCCUCCUCCUCCCCUCUUUUGUUUCUUAAUUUUUAAUUUUUACAGCAAAUCCUUUCUGUUUUUUCAUAACAAUCUGUCAUUACGUUUCCUUAUUCUAUUUUCCCUCUUGUCAUAUAAAAACUUUAAAACUCAUAGCUUAUAUUCAAUAUUUACCAAAUUCUUGCAUCAUUACCUUUUUACGAAUCAUUUACCAAUCCUUACUUAAGCCAUGUAAUUUCAUUCAACAUCCUUCAAACAUUUAUAAGCAUUCCCAAUAUUAAAAAAGAAAAAAGAAAAAAUAAUAAGUCAAAUUCAGUCCAGUCAGCUUCCAACCUCCCCUCCCCUGGACCCGGGAUUGUCAGUCCUUUUAACCUCGAUAAUCCGGCUCCUUAACCUGGUUGUCUCGUAUCCGAGGCCCUCAAGUCUCUUUCUUGCCCCUUUCGCCACUCUUGUUGAUGAUUCCUUUCCAGUCGUGGAUGCUCCAGCAAGAAAAUGCUUUUGACCCUUUGCAGCAAGUCCAUCCCAAACCCAUUGCCCAAGCCAGACAGCAAAUAAUACCACUUCAAAUUUCCACAAAGCUUGGAGACUUCGGCUACUCCAAUCCUCUGAUAGCCCAUCACCAGACUCGGAAGGUCCAAAUAACCAUAUGGAGGGGGUCGAUCCAUCCCCCAUUUCCAAAUCUGACCACAUUUCAUCUUUCCGAAUCUGGUUUGUCCCAAGUUCAUUUAUCAAGUUCAAAGGCUGAUCUUGCCCGUCCAAAGGUCCCUCCAUCUCUGAAGCCUCCGUCACUACAGCAGGUUCAUAUGCUUGUAUAGCCUUUAACUGAAUUUCAUUUGUUUGCUGCUGUGCUCUGGUAACUUCCAUCAUCAAGGUCGUCUCCUGACGCAUCUGGUCCAGCUGGGCACUUAGUUUUGAAAAACCUUCCAGGAACAAUUGUUCAAGCCUUUGUACUAGCAUUGUCCUUCAAGGUCAAAGAAAAUUCUUUCCCACGACAAUAGUCCAAUAGUCCUUCUCUUUUAAUCUCUCUGCGUUGCAAUUUCACUAAAUUCCACUAGAUGGAAUUUUUUUUUUUUAAAGGAAUAAAAGCAACAGCAACAAUCUUUCUUUUUCCAGAAACACUUUAUCCAAAAUUCCCCUUCCAAAUUCAAGAGGCAACAGUAGAAUCAAAAUGUUACCCUUCUUUUAACUAACUGUCGAGCUGGAUAAACUUCAGAACGUCAAUUCUGACAGCCCGCUCCUGGUUCAGGGCGGUGGAAAAUUGCUUUAUUUUAAACUCACUUCCGCAGGAUUGAAAAGUCCAAAUACAACCCCCUUCUUCUCCUGCAGUCAAAGGGGGUUCAGAAAUCUUAGAUGUUGAAUUCUAGUUCUCUUAGAAUUUAAUUUUCAAGCUUUAGUAUAUUUUGUCUUUGCUUUCUUCACAUAACAAAAGAACGGAAGGCGACUUCCUGUUUAGACCUUCCCAUUCCGAGUCCCAAUUAAGUUCAAUUUCAAGUCCAAUAUUAUUUGUUUAUUCACCAGUCUUAAAAGUGGUUCAACUCUUCCAAGAUCAGGUACUCACGGAUAGAUAUUUUAGAUGCCAAAUUGUCCAGGAAAAAGGCAGCGCUCUCCGAUAACGGCAGUGCGGCUUUGCUGCACGGGAGGAAGCAGUCGACUCACAGCACCACGCACCUCCACUCCGGAGCCCGUUACCGGGCUCCUGUACAAGGGAGAGAGCGCUCUCGGUGCCCGCCGAGUCCCACGUCCACAGGCUUCUUCCGCCUGUGGUUUUUGCGGGUCCCCGCUGCGCCGUAGCGGCAGGACCCAAGCCUCCGUGCAGCGGGUUCCCUUCAAUCCGAAGGGAAUUCCGCCAUUUUCCGGAGGCGCCACGGGGUUCGCUAAUUCCUAUUCCACAUUCACUUCUGUGGUCUAGAUUCAUGAAUGAGAUCUGCAGAACACUGAAUGAAAAGAAAAAGCACAUUAACUGGAAACACAUAGUCUAUUAUCUUAAAAAUUAAAGUGACUUCAGAGCUUGGUGAAAGGCAGUAGGCUGGCUGUCGUGUGACAUGAGCUGUCAGAGAAGAAAGGCAGAAGCAGUGCAAAGGCCAAACCAACACCACUCUCUUUCCUAACCACAGGCAACCUCUGUACCUGACAACUGAUGCCAAAUGUAUCCAAUUAGCAGAUUGAGCUUUACUCCUUCUGCUUCCCCUGGUAGGGACAGAAGCCUUAAGGAUCACACAGCCUGAUUCAAAGUAUAUUUGUGCAGAAGCAAGUUCCAUUGUGUUCACUGGGAAUUUAUAAUAUCCAAAUCCCUAAGUAUACACAGGAUCACAGCCUUGGUUACAGAUAUGGUGGUGGUGAGGAUGAAUGAUUCUUCAACAUCAACUUCGUUGGACUGGUCAUGUUGUGUAGUUGCCUGAAUACCAUCUUCCAAAGCAACUACUCUAUUCCGAAGUUAAAAAUGGAACGUGUAAUGCUGUUGGUCAACAAAAGAGGUUUAAGGACUCUCUCAAGGCAAAUCUUAAAAAAUGUGAAGGCCAAUUCUGAAUCCACACAUCCUUCCACAGUAGGGACAUGGAUUUCUAGGCAGGAGUUGAUCAUGGUGAGGGUUUUCCAAGUGGGCCUUCCUCUUAGCAUGUUUCUCCCUUUCAUCCUGAGUUCAAGUGUUUUCAAAGCCCACGACACCUUUGGUAAAGGCUGGAGCACUCACAGGCCCGUGUUUCCCAGUUGCCAGUGUUUAUACUACAUUUUUUUAGAUUUGCCUUAUAAUUGGCUGCAUUUUUGCUACCCUUACUUCAACAGAGGUGGUACUCCACGUGCCAGCUGGCCCACUCCAGGCUUUAAGUUAAUACCUCUCUGUUAGGCUCUUUGUCCCAUCCUGAAGGGUUCAAGCGCUUCAGGAAGAACAGCCCUUCUCAAGAAAGUGUUGUCAGCUUUUUGUCAUGUUCCCAUCACACUCAAUUACCUGAGUCUCUUUGCUUGCCAGGUACUUUGGCUGCCGCCACUCAGCGACCCAGGAACUCCACACUGCACCGCUUGACCCGGCGGCUUCUGAAGAAGUACAGCAAGGGAGUGAGGCCUGUCAGAAAUUGGAGCAAGCCCACCAUCGUCUAUCUUGACCUCUUUGUGCAUGCAGUACUGGACGUGGUAAAGAGAGCUUCUAGCUCAUUUAAAGCUGUUGACCUGCAGGGUAGAAUAGCAAUGAAGUCUCUGCAAGGGGAACACCUUUAAACAGGGGCUAGAGCCCAUGUGUGAUGUGCUUCUGUAGUCAUUGAGGUCUAAAUGUGGGUUGGGUGCAAGUAGCUUUGCAUUAAAUCGAACCCUGUAAUUAUUACCUGUCUGCAACAGCAAUUUUGGAAGAUCUGCAGAAGAAUAUUGCAGCACUUCCAGAGAGCAGGGAAUUGAUUCAGUCAACAUUUUAAAGGCAAACCUACCCGGAAAGGAACUUUGCAAAACAACACACAAACUAAAACAAAACCAUCUUUCAGAAUUCAAACUUUGCAGUGCUGGCCUCUGGCUAAGUAAUGUGUGCAAAAAUGCAUGUACAGCUGACUCGCAGCUUGCAUGUGUUUAACUUGCCCGAUUGCAGCUUUAGGCAUUUGUUGGCUGGCCAGCAUGCAAUCAUGCAAAUUAAACCCAUGCAAGUCUGAGGGCUUGAAAGCUCUUUCUGUGCCAGGUUUUCCCAGUGUGGAAAGAGCUUUUAAGCUCUCAGACUUGCUUACUGAGUUCUGGGAAAGUCUGGCAUCAUCUUUGCAAGAUCUUACAGGGCCAUCCGAGAUUUCAUGGCCUCCAGAGGCUAUGCAAGAUCUUCCCAGAGCCUGGUAAGCAAGGCAGAGAGACCUUUCCACACCAGGUUUUCCUGCCAUGGAAAGAGCUUUUAAGCUCUCCUCCUUUCUGAAAGCUAGAUAUACUGUUUUCUGUGCACAUACCUGGGCAAAUGAUUUGGAGUGCUCCAAUAUCUCCUUCUGGAGUGACUCAAGUUGUCCUUCUGGAGUGACUUUCCGAGAAGUUUCAUCAUACAUAAUAGAAUUUGCCCACCAUUCUCUAGAAACUGAAGCACGUUGCUUUUUCAGUGUUCCUAAAUGCUUAUCUCUGGAGUGGAUAGUUGCUAAAAAGCUCCCCUUUCAUACUGAUUGAGUUGUUGGAGGCUGGGACUCUGCUGCAGCAAUAGUAAGGGGUCUUCAACCCCCUGACCACUAUGUAAGAGGGAAGGGCUGGAGCCCAGUGGUAGAGAAUCUGCCUAGCAUGCUGAAGGUCCUGAACUCAGUCCCUAGCACCUCCAGCUGGAACCGGAAGAGCCUCCUGCCUGAAACUCUGGAGAAUCACUACCUGUCAGAAGUGACAAUACAGUCGUACCUUGGAUCCCAAAUGCCUUGGUACUCACACGUUUUGGCUCCUAAACCCGGAAAUGAGUGUUCUGGUUUGUGAAUGUUCUUUGGAACCCAAACGUCUGAUGGAGCUUCCUGAAGCCAAUCAGAAGCCAUGCUUCGGUCAGGGCCAUACAAAGCGGGGUGUGGAGGGGGCAGGCCACCCCGGGUGCCACUCUGGGGAGUGACAAGAUGGCCCCCGCCUCCCCCCAGCUGAAGAGCAGCUGAGGGUGCAUGCAGUCCGUAUGGGCGCCGCUCACACAGUGUCCAUAUGGGCUGCUGCUCUCACACGGUGACUGUACGGGCUGCCGCUCUUGUGCACUGUCCAUACGGGUGUCUGUACGGGCUGCCUCUCGCACUGCGACUGUAUGGGCUGCCGCGCAUGCACACUCUGUACUGGAUGCCGCACAUACGCAGUCCGUACAGUCGCCGUGCGUGCGCCACUGGGUGGUUUGCCCCACCCCUCUGCAUUCUGCCCUGGUUGCCGGAGAGGACUCCUCUGCCACUGGCUUUGGUUUCCGAACGUUUUGGAAGUCGAACGGACUUCCGGAACGAAUUCCUUUCGACUUCAGAGGCUACCACUGUACUGAGCUAGGCAGACUUCGCUUUUGUCUGGCUCCAUAUCAGGCAGGUUCCCAUGCCCAUAAGAUGGAAAGCACAGUGGCUCAACAAGGCCCAGAGCUUGCAAGGGACUGACUUUGCUCAUUUUGUUUUGUACGAUCAACUUACGCGGAUGGCGACCGUAUUUGUACCCCCCGGUGAUCAGAGGAGAGAUUUGGCUGUGUAAUCACCGUUGUCAGACGCUGCCGUUGGCUCUGCAAGAACGCUCGAUGCCUCCCAGGCCUCGGCAGGUGUGCACGCUAAUAGAGGAGCCAUUCGGCAGGCAUUGCAGCACGCAAAGUGCUCCCACCCCAUCUUCCCUGUCGCCUGCGACUCCUUUUGUUGAUCUUUUGCCUCCUGUUCCGCGCACAUAAAAGGCGGGGAGCAGUCUGAGACUCUCCAGUUAUUAGGAGGGCCUUGGGGAAAUCUGAUUAGACCGAUAAUCUAGUCAACGGAGAAAGAGCUCCAAUUUGUUUAGAUUGAGUUUCGUCAGUGCCGAAUUCCACGCACCUCCGUCUUCCACUCCACUGACUUAGAGCCUCCCAGACAGACGCCGAGGCAGCUGUUACAACAGGAUGCCGAACUGGGGGAAAGAUAAAUAAGAAUGCGGAGGAAUUAUCUGCAUGUUUGCUAACCACCAAUUUAAGACUAAAGUAGGCUUCCUAUGUUAGGGAGACUAAUGAAUUCCAAUUCUCCCAAAUAUCCUUUGCUUUUAACAAGCAAGAUGGAAGGGGAUCCGUACAUGUACACCCAAAGCGAGAGAGGAAGGAAUAGUUUCAAAUGGCACAACGAGAGAAGCAAUUAUAUUGGCCAGCUGGCAUGGAGGAAAACUCUGAAGGGGAGUCAAGUUUUACUUUCUGACUCCCCCCCCCAACUCCCUCAACUCUGGCACUAGGGAUGGAGGGAACGUCAACAGCCAAUGGGCUGCCCAAAGCAAAGAGUGCUGAUACAGCACUGAUAAGCAGGAAAGGUGCUGGAAGCAGAGAUGGGGAUAAGAAUUAGCUGUUCAUACAAUGUGGGGGUAUGCAUAAGAAGACUUAAAUCAGGGGUGGGGAAUCUCAGGCCUGCGAGCCAAAUCCAGCCCUCCAACCCUCUCUGUCUGGCCAUCAGGAUCUCUCCCCAAGCUGCCCCUUCUUUCCCUAGGGCCACACCCCUUACCAGCCCCAUUCAUGCCCUCCUUGAGUGGUUCUGCAGGGCUGAAGUGUGUCCUUGAAUAAGCAUCCUGCAGCUUGUGAGGCUAUAAGUGUGUGUGGACUGUGGCAGGGUUCCUUGGAAAGUGGGACUACCAUUUUUAAACUUCAAAAUAUUUUCUGAGUUGCCCCCUCCCUUUCCUCUCGGCCCGAGCAUGCAUGGAAUAUGGUGGCCAUUUCACCAGCACAAUGGCAAAAUAUCUCUCUCACCCCCCCUUGCAAUUAUUUCUCUGUUAUUCUCUUUGCUAGGAAGGGAUGCUUCCAAACUGUGAACCUUCCAGAGAAGAAGGCAAUCAACGCUGCCCAGUUUUCAAGCCCCGCUUUUGUAGAGAAUAUGCAUUAUUCUUAGCAACCUGAUUAAUGUCAGAGUAACUAAUUAGGGUGGUAGGGAGGGAGAGAUGGGUGAUUCGUUUAUAGUGUCAACAGCCGGCAGCGGUGUGCCAUUUUGUCAAUGGUAAUUUACUGUAAGGAGCAGCAGACAGAGGGGGGUACCUGAGAGUUGAGGGUCAACAAAACAGCGUCAGCCAGGUGUAGGAGAAGACAGUGAUGGAGAUGGGCCUCCAGAGAGUUGCCCAUUUGGCAAAAUUGAUUGGUUCCCCUUUUUCUUUCUUAGCUGGAUUCCAGGUGCAGCUCCUGCAAAUCUAGAGAUGGGGCAAGGCAGCGAUGAGAUAAGGCAGAAUAAUUCUAGCCAGCACAAGAAACAGGCAAAGCUCUUUCCUCAUUGCUUAAACGUGCAUAAAAUCCUAACCCAGAACAAGGUUCAGGAACAUAUGUGGACCUCCAGAUGCAACUUCUAUCAUCCCCAAGUUCUGACCACACUAGUUGCUGGGGAUGCUGGGAGUUAGAGCAAGGGUUGGCAAAGUUUUUGUGGCUUGGGCUGGUUCACGGUCUUGCAGACGCCGCAGUGGACCAGUGUGUGUGUGUUUGUGUGUGUGCACACAUGUGCAAACGCUAUUUCCGGUGCUCCUUCCAGCCCCCACUCUUCUCCGCACCGGUUUAGUGUGGUGCACAAGAGCCGACCAAGCCGGCGGCAGGGGUCCAUGGGCCGGUUAAAUGACCCCAUGGGCUGCUUGUGGCCCAUGGGCCUCAUGUGGCUGACCCCUGAGUUAGAGUCUAACAAUGUCCAGAGGGUCCCUGGUUCUCUAUCCCUCCUGUAGGAAAGCCAUAAAGUAACAUAUGACCUGCUCUGACCUACUGCUCUUAAGAGAAUCUCAGGCUGGUCUCCCUGCAGUUCCCACCUUUGACCAGAGACAGACAGAGGCAAAAGAGUUGCACCCUGCUCUGGCAUGGCUUGGGUCCCAUGUCCAACACCAGCUGGGCUCUUGAGCCAUGUCCCUAGAACACCUAAGUGGAUCCAUGCAAGUCAUACUCUUUGAAUUUGCAAUGGGAGAGACAGGGAUGGAGAUGAUUUGAAGCCAGAUGAAAACGUUCUGUUUAACAAUAGGCAAAACCUGUUUAACUCUCUAGGCAAAUGUGCAACAAUGAUAAUUUCCUGAUUCCACUGUCUUCCAUCAUAAUGAUUGUUGUUGUUUGCAUGAUUUGCACAAUUUACAUAUUUUUGCUUUCCAGGAUGCUCAGAAUCAAAAACUGACAACAAGCAUUUGGUAUCGGCAGGUAAGAUGAUACUGACUGGGGCUGAUGGUGUCCCUCCAUCUGGAGGGCCACAGCUUCCAUAUCCUUCCUGUAUGAGGUGGUACUCCUGCUCUUAAUUGUUAGUAAGCCAGACCUCCCUAAUAACCCAAGUAGCCCUCUCUCCCUCCCCCCCCACUUUUAAAUUCAACCCCCCACCCAUUUCCCCCACUUCUCUAACCAAAAACCAAACAGAUGCUUCUCAGCUUCCAUCGUGAUACAUUUGACUUCAGUACAGUUUAGAAAUAGCUAGACAUGCUCCUUUCUCUCUUUUGCAGAUCUGGAAGGAUGAGUAUCUCACUUGGAAUUCCAGUCGUUAUGAUGGGAUCCAAGAAAUCUCUUUGCCCAUUCACCGCAUCUGGGCUCCUGAUAUUAUUGUUGGUGAAUCGUAAGUGUGGACCUUGUUGGUUUGAGAUGAUGGUGACUCAGGGUCUCAUAAACUUCUUUUAAGUAGGUUUUACCUCGGGCUGCAGUUGUUAAGCUGAAGAUGUUUUGAUAUUGUUGCUUUUCAGUGGCAUUUUAUUAUAUUAUAGUAAUAAAUAUGGUUUAUUGGUUUUAGCUGCCUUGGAGGCCUACUGCAGAUAUAUGGGAAAGAGAAAGAGAAAGAGAAAGAGAAAGAAAGAAAGAAAGAAAGAAAGAAAGAAAGAAAGGACCAAAAGGAUCAAGGGAAUGGAACAACUCAGAGGGGACAUUUGACAACUCAUGAGUGACAUUUAUUGCCUCAGAACUUGGGAAGUAAUGAAUAGAGUAACUCAGAGGGGGGUUGUUCCAUUCCCUAUAUCCCAAGCUCUGAGGCUACAAAUGUCACUCAUGCCUGAACAAAAGAUGCAAUAUUUAGCAAUGGAAAUAGUGUUCCCUGGUAAUGUACAAUACAUCAUGGGCUGUCCCUCUGCUCUCUCUCUCUUCCUGGUAUAGCGUGGAUGCCAGCAAAUCCCCAGAUCUCCCAUUUGUCUACUUGAAUGCCAGUGGUGUGAUCAAGAAUUACAAACCCAUGCAGGUGGUGUCCGCAUGCAUCCUGGAAAUGUACACUUUCCCAUUUGACACACAGAACUGCAGCCUGACUUUCAGCAGUGCUUUGCACACAGGUGAGUCAGGACUUCCGAACCCAGGGACUGGGUGUUAUUAGGGGGAAAAUCUGUAGCUCAGUGGUAGAGCACCUGCCUUGCAUGCAGAAGGUCCCAGGUUCAACCCCCAGCAUCUCCAGGUAGGACUGGGAGAGCCACUUAUUCAACCUUGGGCCCCCAGAUGUUGCUAGACUACAACUCCCAUCAUCUCCAGUUAGCUUAGCCCAUGGCUACCAACAUCUGGGGACUCAAGGUUGAAGAACACUGUAUAGGCAAUAUUGUGCUAGAUGAACCAAUAGUCUGAGGCCGCUUCCUCAGUUUCUAUCAUUGCUUUUAUAACACCACCACCAUCCAGUGCUGGCCAAAGGGAGGAACUACAGGGAGUCUGGUCAGACCAGAUGAGAUGCCUCUCAACUGACCAGAGAGAAUCUAAGCCCCCAAACAGGUUUUUUGGGCAGGAUUGAUUGCUCUUCUAAUAACUAGGAGACUAGACUCUUGUGUUGGAUAGAGGCUGCCUCUAUUUUGCUUCAUGUUUGCCUUACUUCGCAGGACAAGAGUUGGCUCUGAGUGGGAAGGGGCAAGGAGAUAUACCUUGGAAUGAUAGGUAGCCACAGACUGGCUUCUCUCCGUCAUGAGAACUAAUUUCUUGACUCUGUUUGCUCCCUCUGAGUUCUCCACAUUACUGGAAAAGAAUCCUGGGAAGUUUAGUUUUCAGAGAGGGCUAGGAAUUGUACUUCUGUGGGGGGUGAACUACAGUUCCUAGGAAUCUUUUGGGGAUGCAAUGUGCUUUAAAUGUGCAGUGAGGCUGUAACGUAACGUUUUGUUCACCACUGGACUUGAUCUUAAAUGUGCAUGACUAAUAGUUUUGUCAUUUUUUCCACUGCAUCCUUUUUAGUUCAGGAUGUGGAUCUUGCUUUUUGGAGGAGAUAUGAGGAGAUCAAGAGUGACCAGAAGUUGUUUCUAAAUGAUGGAGAAUGGGAGUUGGUCUCUGUGCUCUCUGAGCGGCGUAUCCUGCAAACUCAGACUGGGAGCAUUGCUCAGAUUCGGUUUCAUGUGAGUACCUGGAACAUUGUGACCUGGUCACUCUAUCCUCUCUUCUGCCUUUCUCUUCCCUUAAUGGCAUCAUUUAAUGCCCCCAUGUCCUCUCGUUCUUGUUCUCAUCUCUUGUUCACAAAGGCUUCCUGGCUAAACCUGGUCCUUCAGCCUUACUGUUGCCUGGUUUUUGUAUUGUAGUUUAGAUGGUUGCUGUUCAUUCAUUUAUAGUUGUGUUUUUUAAACGGCACUUUUGCAUUUUAUUAAAAAAUAAUAAUCCUCACAUUGUGAAGCUGCUCUGAGUGCCCUGUGGGUACAGGGUGGAGUAAAAAUACAUUUUUUUACUUUGAAAUCAGCAAUGAUGUGAUAAUUGUUAGGAACCCAAGAUUUCCAAUCAGCGUGUAAUGUGAUUCAGUGCUAGGAGUAAGAGAAAUUUGGUUUGCACCUAGUAAGGAUCUUCCUGGUUCUUCUUUCUUCAUGCUUCUUCUGCUUCUGUCUUCCGAUUCUUCCAUCCUCCUCUUCACUCUUCCUGUUUGCUUCUUUAGAUGACUGUGCUGCAGAGGCCUUAUUUCACCCGGGUCAAACUCCCAGUUUGGCACCCCGCUAUUUAUAAGGGACACAGGUGGCGCUGUGGGUUAAACCACAGAGCCUAGGACUUGCUGAUCAGAAGGUCGGCGGUUCGCAUCCCCGCGACGGGGUGAGCUCCCAUUUCUUGGUCCCUGUUCCUGCCCACCUAACAGUUCAAAAGCAUGGCAAAGUACAAGUAGAUAAAUAGGUACCGCUCUGGCGGGAAGGUAAACGGUGUUUCCGUGCGCUGCUCUGGUUUGCCAGAAGCGGCUUAGUCAUGCUGACCACAUGGCUCCCUCGGCCAAUAAAGUGAGAUGAGCGCCGCAACCCCAGAGUUGGCUAUGACUGGACCUAAUGGUCAGGGGUCCCUUUACCUUUACCUAUGCACAUUUAUACACACACACACAGGCUGAGAGCCUCAAUGGAGGCUUCACCCAGGGCAAAAAACCCAGCUAGCCCCCAUAGCUACAGCACUGACUUCAAGUGUCACAUGUCUGCAGUGGCCAUGGCACAAACAAACCACAUACCAUUACCAUACAUGGACAUUCACUACAAAUUCAGCACACACACUCAGCAUUUCAACCCUCCUCACUCCAGCACAGGAAAUGCUACCUUCGCACAGAAUCUACAAACUUACUGUUAUCUGGUGCUUCUUUGCUGAAUAAAUGAGAAGGGAAAGGUGCCAGCUUCAGCUGCAAAGCUGUGUCUGACUGUCGGCCCCCAUUCGCCUCAUGAAGGCAGCUAGGCAAGACUGAGUGCUGGUGGGGUCCUCCGCCAGCAAGACAGUUGGCACCUAACCUUGGAUAAUAUUCCAUCUCCAGCCUGCAGCUGCUGAAUGGGCACCGAAUGAGAUUGAUUCCCUUCAUUAGCGCCAAUGGGCUGCAAAUACCUUUUGUGUACUUAUUAUUAUUACCUGGCGUUAAUGGAUAAUGAAAUGGUGGCAUAAUAUCGCUAGCACCUGAAGGGUGUCUAAUGGCAAACACGACUAAAUCGAAAGCGCUCUCCUCUUUUUGCUUCCUUCCUUGUGCUAGGGAAUUUAAAGGCAAUGAGCUCCAUCGCCUGUUAGACAGGAUGGGAAGGGAAGGAUUUGGUUGCUGAGAGAAUCAUAGGUUGCAGUUCAGGACCAUGGACAACUCCACAAAACCCUGCCCAGAAAAGAGCUGAAGAUUCUGAAGGAACAUGCUGCUGCCAUUGGCCAAUACCAGUUCCCGGUGAGGAUGUUUUAUGCAGGGUGGCCCGAAUCCUAUUGAGGGUUCAUACCCCACAGUCCUCAUCUGAAAUCGCCGUGUGAUGUCAUCUCAAAUUUCUGAGCAUUCGACAGACACAAUGGUUUUGACUGGAGAAAACAAUUGUGCCUCUCAAAGGAAUCAGGCUCCCACUUGUGGAGGAAUAUAGUAUGUUGUUGUUGUUUAGUCAUUUAGUCUUGUCUGACUCUUUGUGACCCCAUGGACCAGAGUACGCCAGGCACUCCUGUCUUCCACUGCCUCCCACAGUUUGGUCAGAAUCAUGUUGGUAGCUUUGAGAACACUGUCCAACCAUCUCGUCCUCUGUUGUCCCCUUCUCCUUGUGCCCCCCAUCUUUCCCAACAUCAGGGUCUUUUCCAGGGAGUCUUCUCUUCUCAUGAGGUGGCCAAAGUAUUGGAGCCUCAUGAUCUGUCCUUCCAGUGAGCACUCAGGGCUGAUUUCCUCAGAAUGGAUAGGUUUGAUCUUCUUGCAGUCCAUGGGACUCUCAAGAGUCUCCUCCAACACCAUAAUUCAAAAGCAUCAAUUCUUUGGCAAUCAGCCUUCUUUAUGGUCCAGCUCUCACUUCCGUACAUCACUACUGGGAAAACCAUAGCUUUAACUAUACGGACCUUUGUUGGCAAGGUGAUGUCUCUGCUUUUUAAGAUGCUGUCUAGGGCCAAGCAAAGCUUAUUUGUGAGUUUGACACUACAUAAGCUUUCAAUCAACACAAAAUUUUCUAAUUUUGUGGUUUUCAAAUUCUCAAUGAAAUAAGGAACUGAUAGCUAGUGACCAACGUCAGCAUUGCUCUCUCCUCCCUCCCAUGUUUCCUAGGCCAGCCAGUGCAGUUAAAGUGUCAGACCACAAUGCUAGCCCCCACUCAGCCAUGAAGCUCAUUGGUGAUCUUGGGCCAAUCUCUCAGUCUAGCCUACCUCACAGGGUUGUUUUGAGGAUAACUAUGUACACCACUUUGAGAUCCAGUUCAAGACAAGAAGGGAUAUAAAUGUAACAACAGCUGCAGCAACAACAACAGCAGAAUUGUCAACAGAACUCUCUAGAAUGACUCCAUCACAAACUUUGACAUAUCUGUGUAAGCAACUGAAUUUAGUACAGAAAAGCAUGAAUUGGAAACAUUUAUAACAAGCUGCCUUUUCUGUUUUGGAUGCCACAUCUGACUUGUACUGUCUGCACUAAAAGCAAGUGGAACAGCUAUUAUACAGAAGCACCAAGUUCAGAGGUCCCUGGAUAUCAGUCUCCAGGGAGCAAUAGCAGGAGCGGGCUUUCCAGAAGCACGUGAACUUGAUGGGCCUCUUAUGCCCUUAAGGAAACUGGUGUCACCAUUGUGGCCCAGUGGGUCAGCUGAGGCAGAACAGUAGAGAAAGAUAGAUCACUGCCCCAGAGGCAGUAUAAAUUCCUUAUCUCUGAAGUUUCAUUAAUUGCCAGCCCUCUCUCUCCAUCUGAUUCCUCCAGAUUGUUAUCACCAGACGUCCCCUGCUCUACGUGGUCAGCUUGCUGAUUCCCAGCAUCUUCCUGCUCGUUGUGGACCUGGGUAGUUUCUACCUGCCCCCGAAUUCUGGAACAAGGAUAACAUUCAAAACCAGCGUGCUGGUUGGUUACACUCUCUUCAAAGUCAACAUGUCAGAUGAGCUGCCAAGCACUGGGAUUGGCACAUCUCUGAUCAGUGAGUGGAAACAGGGUAUCACUAAUAUGAGUAUAACUUAAUAGCACAAGGGUUUGUAUUGUUUCACACGUGUAAUGGGGUAAUUGUGAAAAGGUAUAGUAUUAUGCCCAUAUUGCAGGUGAAGGCACUGAGGCAGUGAGGUUGUGGUUUACCCAGCAGGGGCAAUAUUCUAACUGGAGCACCAGGAGAUACAGAGCUCAUUCUUCCAGCCACUGCACUAUUACCAGGACAACAGGAGCGGGUUGUGAUUGCACCAAAAUAAGUCACAGCAGAAAACCAAUCUUCUGCUGCAGGCAAAAUGCAUGGGUGCCAAAUGAGCUUUUCUGCAGCAGUAGCCUUGGCUAAAGUGGGUCUCAAAACGCAGGCAGCCCCUCUUGGGAAGUAUCCCACAAUGCUUCAGGUGUGUGUUCUUGUGUGCCUGUCCUUUUUCUGUACAAGCCUUUAGAGGGCAUACAGUAGGAAGCAAGGAAUGCAAAGCAGGCAUCAAAGUUCUCACUGAGGUUGUAAACCAAUGGUGAUGGAGCAGUGCCAACCUAGCCCAAGGCAGGCAGGUGGCUGGGCAGCAGGUUCUCUGGGUGAGUUGCUGGGGAGCCAAGCCUGAAGCAGCUGUUAGAUAAGAGCAGCAGGGCUCCCUGUGACUCCCUGGAUCAGCUAACCUGGCCAGGCUUCCGUUAUCAAGGAGCUGGCCAGCUGGGUUUGCUAGCUGCCCUGUAGUGCAGAGAACAAAGCACCUCAGCCAGUUCACUGAGUUCACUGACUCCCCGCCCCAUACCUGAUAGAUCUGGGGCAAUGCAAGAGUCUCUGGAUAAGUGCCUAUGGCUUGUGGUCAUCAUCCUCAUUGGAGAAGUCCCUUAAUAUGGGCUCUGUGUGCUGGAUCAUAGCAAUCCCAAUGGUUCACAAGUAUCUCCUCCUCCUCUUACCCCCGUCUCAGGUGCCUUCUUCACCAUCUGCAUGGCUCUGCUGGUCCUCAGCCUAUCCAAAUCCAUCUUCCUCAUCAAAUUCCUCCACUUGGGUGAUGACUGCACACGGGAUAAGCCCUUUGCUUCUUACUGCUGCAGGAAUGCUGUUGACGCUGUGGGUGAAAAUGCCAAGGCAGCUAGGAGCGCAGGAGAAAAAGCUGGCACUGCUGCAGGUACAGAAGGCCAAGAAGUAACAGGAGACAGAAAACGAGUUUAUAAAACUAUAAGAAAGUGGAUAGAAAUUAGGUCUUCCCACCCACACCUCACGAAACUAGAACCGGAGCAGAAGAUGUGUGUGUCAGCCCGUAACACUAACUGUUGAUGGAUUACAGGCAUACAAAAGCCCUUCUUCACACAAUACAUCAUUAAUUUGUGGAACUCACUGCCACAAGAUGGAGCAAUAGCCUUUACAGUCAUACCUCAGGCUAAAGUUGCUUCAGGUUGAGUGUUUUCGGGUUGCGCUCCGCGGCGACCCAGAAGUAACGGAACGUGUUACUUCUGGGUUUCACCACUCGUGCAUGUGCAGAUGCUCAAAAUGACAUCACACGCAUGUGCAGAAGCAGCGACCCACGCACCUGCAGACACGACACGCAGACGCAGGUUGCAUUCUCUUCAGGAUGCGAACGGGGCUCUGGAAUUGAUCCCAUUUGCAUCCAGAGGUACCACUGUAGAAGAGGAUGGAGCAACUUCAAGAAAGAGAAUAGGUCUACCAAUAGCAAUUAGCCAUGGUGCCUAUAUUGAAACUUUAGAGGCAGCCUACGUCUUGAACACUGUGGAGGAGCAAUGAUGAAGGAUGGCUGUGCCUUCACUCUGCCCUACUUGUAGGGUUUUAGGAGGCAUCUGUGGGGAACCAGCUUGAAUCUAGAGCAGAGUUUCCCAGCCUGGUAUCAUCCAGAUAUUUUGGACAAUGAAUCCCAUGAGCCCCAGGCAGCACGGACUGAUGGGAGUUAUACACCAAAAUAUCUGGAGGAUACCAGACUGGGAAAGACUGAACUAGGUGGGCUCAUUGGUCUGACCUCCCACGGCUCUGCUUAUGUUCUUAAGGACUGUCCAAGCACAAACCUCAUAGAUUUGUAGGUAAAACUCUAGAAUUGUAGUCUUAGAAGGCACUCCGAGGGUCAUCCAGUCCAAUGCAUGAGGUCAACAAGGAACUAUGCCUGCCCAGGACUGAGUUGUAAGAAGGGGUUGGGUUAGGAAUGAAAGUGAAGCAAGCCCUCAUUCAUCCCUUCUUCCAACAUGAUGAAGUGCUUCUGUCUUUCUGCAGGGAUACCCUUGGCUUGGGAAGGCUCAUCUGUAAAAGACCAUGCCACUGGGACAGCCACACCCCCAAUGGAGAAGAUCCGAAGAGAACUCCUCCCCAUCAGCUCCCACUUUCGUGCCCUAGGCGUUGCUGCCAAAGUGGAUGGCGACUGGCUCUCUCUUGCAAACAAGCUUGACAAACUACUGUUCCGGGCCUAUCUUUUAGUGCUGGCUGUGUAUGCAGUCACAAUGGGUUCUCUCUGGGGGACGUGGAGCUCCCAGUAG